UUGAUUAGACAACACAACAACGCAAUUAAAAAAAAUAUUAAGUAAAAUGACAUCCAUGGUAUUAGCUGAACUGUAUUCAAAGAACUGCCGUGUCACCGUGCUGCACACAUCUUAUUUGUUUCAUCUAUACAAACCUCUAUUUAAUUUUCCAAAAAGGUCUUCUAUAUUGGAAUAUGGAUUUGGUGAUGGAACCAAUUGGUGUAAUUCGGUUAAACCUCAUCUACCACAAGAUUUGGAAGAAUAUGUUGCAACUGAUGUAUCCCACCAGAUGAUACAUCACGCUAAAGCCACUUUUGCAAUACCGAGAAUGUACUUUAAACAACUGGAUAUUGCAGCUGAGAACUUUCCUCCGAUAUAUGAACAAAGGUUUAAUUUCAUUUUUAGUUUUUUCGCAAAUCAUUUGGUGAGAAAUCCUAAGCAAAUGUACAAAAAUAUUUAUAAGAUGUUAAAACCAGGUGGACACACAUUCCAAAUAACCCUGGAUCCUAGUCCUCUGGACGUGGUUUUCGAUAAUUUAUCUAUCCAUCCCAGUUGGGGUAUUUAUGGACAUAAAGAUGUCAUAUCUCCAUAUUAUUAUAUGAAAAAUACUGAAAAGGACAUACAACAUAAUUUGAUACAAGCAGGUUUUAAGAGCUCUUUUGUAAGAAGAGAAGUAUUCGAUUAUAUAUUUGAAAAUGAACAGGAAUGGAAAGGGCUAUAUCUUUCCUGUAAUCCCAUAUUUCCAAAAAUUCCCGAGGAAAAAAAGGAAGAAUAUAUUCGAGACUUCUACGACGAAAUAAAAAAACAUGUAGUAACUUAUGACAAAAUCGGGGGACUAGAGUUCUGUAGUACGAAAUAUAACCUAUCUAUAAUUUCUGCACUCAAAUGAUAUUAUUGUUACAAAAAUAUAACUAUAUUUAAAUCAAAUUAUAAAUUACUAUUUUUA